GCUGAGAAGAAUACGCUUAUACCGAUUUUUCUUCACAGAGAAACAUCCUCACCUGGAAUUUGAACCCAACAUCAAGUGGAGAAUCACGCACCCGAUCCAGCAAAUCUUAGCUCACACUCGAGUAGAUACCGUCGUCCCAUCGUGUACUUCCAGCAAAUGCCCCAGUUCAAAUGUCGUAGUUGCUCCGGAGACAGGUGGUACAGAUAGCAGGCAGCCUCAUCAAAACUUCAAUCAGAACUUCAAAACGACUUGCUCCAACACGGGGCUUUUGUGAUUGGGGUAUCGACUACGGCAUAGUACUAGUAGGGGUUUCCCACUCGACUUACCAAACCUCGACCAAUUUCCACCUGCCCCCGCUCAAGCCCAUCACGCUACACAGAGACCAUACUAUCUACCCCUCAUGCCAGUUGCCGCAACGAGAUCAAUCUUGCAGAUCAGUACAGACGAAACACGAGCACUGAAGUCUCUGUCGGUAGCAACCCAAAUCACAGCAAAGAAUGCUUUACAAGGGUCAAUCACAGAUCUGGCGAAGCUAGUUGACUUCAUCCCGAUUAACAAGUUCAACGCUUCCCGUUUUUAUUGCUUGGUGCCCAUCUUUCACGCGACGCUGAGUUCAGUUCAAGUACCAAACUACAUCAAUUCCAAAACUAUUCCUACCAUCAUGCGCGCGAAGUGGGCCCUCAUGGGCUUGGUGAAGAUUUGCGCAAUCGUCCCUACAGCUUCUGAUGGUGGGGACGAUGCCUUGACGAAGAAUAUCGUCAGGAGGUGGGACGAAAUAUAUCCGUGGAUGCGGUUCUUCGUUCGGAAUUGCCUCCCUCCUCCUUAUGAUAUCUCAAUUGCUCCUCCGCGCCCCGAUCUUUGCAAUAUGUUUGAUGCUGCAAAGAUGACCAUUCACCUGCUCACAUUCAUCUGCACAAACUCGGAAGAAGGGCGUCACAUGCUCCGGUCUUCCGUUUCUGUCCAGCACUUUGUCGCACAGUUAUGGAUAUUGGUCGGAAACCUCAAGAGAGAUUCAAUUCAAGGCGACCCUGGAACUACAACGGACGGCCUUGUUUCGAUGGUCCGGGCGACUUUUCCACUCACAAACUAUGUUUGCGUAUCUGAAUCUGAGGAUCCCGACAAAAUAACCCUUCCGUUAUCGAAUUAUAUACAUGCUGCCGGAGGAGUGAAGCCCGUUGUAUCCACCCUUCUCAGAUACAUCCGUCGGAUUACAAGAGAUGCUGCUGCUGUAGAAGAACCUCGAUCGUGGACGACACGCGAUCAGAGCGUACAAUCCCUUCAUAUCUUUACUACUGGUCUCCGAUAUUCCUUCUUAUUUCUCCAGACCAUCAGUCGCCAAGAUGCUUCAUGCCGCGCACAACUUAUCCGCCAAGGUUCGAUUCGCACAGUGGUGGACGCGAUCACUCAGAUCUUGCCGAAGAUCUUGGUACAAGCAAACAAGGAAAUGGAUUUUCAUCCAGAGAUGGGAAUAGCGGGGAGACAGGAUGUUUUGUGGACGGGAUACUCGUACAUUGCAUCUGCUAUUCGUGAUGCAGACGACGGGGUGACAUCUGUUUGUCAAGCAAUCGAUGCUGGCCUCAUUCAAACUUUGGAGAAGGGGGUUGUUUGCGCGGCUCACGCCAACCGUCGCGAUAUCCCACCCCGUGGCCGCAUGGGUGACAUAGAGUUGCUCUUCCUUCUCGCCACAUUUUUCAUAUACCAUAGGGUCGUUGAAUCUAUUUUCCGGCACUGGUAUCGCCACACGCAAAAUGCUCCUAUGGAAAAACGAGAGAUACGAGACGAAGGGUUGGGAGUUGCUCUCGAACUUGUCCUGAAAUCUUCUAUCGAUGCUAUGGAUCAUCGCAGUGUAGAGCCCAUAAACCCACAGGAAUACAAGUGCAGUGGCCCAGGAUGUGGGAUCUGGACAUCCAAGUUUGUCAGCAAAAAGCGUCGGUGCUCAGGUUGUUUGAUAUCACUUUAUUGUUCCGAGAAAUGCCAAAGGACCGCUUGGCGCAGUGGACACAAGAAGUGGUGUCAAGUUCUGAGGUGUGCCGUUGGGCCGUGGGGCUCACGCGAUAUCCGUACGAGUCUUCAAGUCAUCGCAGGUUUCGAAACCAGUGAGAUCUCGGGAAUGACCAAAGAAGUGGAAACACACGUUCGCGAAGCACAGCAACAGUUCCCUGCAUUCAUCAAUACACUCGUACUCAUGCUCGACAUGACUGUGUUUCCACCGGAGAUCCACGUGCUCCCCGUGCAUAUGCUUGAGCAGUUCCCUGGGGAGGACCCCAUAUGGCCAGAGAUCGCUGACGAAAUUCGCCAACGAAGCGACUCGCCACCGAAAGGAUAUAUGUUUUCGGUUGUCAAGGUGCAUCUUGGGAAGUCGAAGUUUACGCUGUUCAGCCCAAGCACGGCGUUGUGUAUGGCAUUUGAGAGUCAGUAUUUUUUGAAUGAUGAGACGUAUGAUUCUAUGGAUGAAGAUGAUGGUUAUGAUUGGAACAAGCUGAGUGACGAGGAUUUGGAUUUCUGAGAGUAAUUGGGUGAUGCAGAUGGUUCCAAGGAUAAGUUCUGCGAGGUUUGAUAGCCCUUAUAAAUGUACAUGUGUCUAAUAGCAUUCGUUGACUAUUUCCUUGCAUUUUUCUGUACAAUAUACACGCAAUACAA